UCUUUGAAGCGUCGCUGUUUGAUCUCCUUUCCCUUUCCUCCUCUUCCAGGGUCUUCCAGUCUAUUCAACAAUUAUUUCCCUUCCAUUGAUUCGCAGUUUAUUUCCUUGCAAAGGACUUCAUGAGUCCUCAAACAACAUGUCUUCCGACAUAGACUCAGCAAGCAGUGCGCAUGCUGCAGGGGACCCCUCAGGACUCCCAUUCGACCCGCCUGGCAGCGUUCGGAUGACAGCUGAACUACACUACAGAUAUAGUGAUGACCGCAGACCUAUAGUGAACCAGUAUCUGCGCGGUCACCGAGUCGGAAAGGGUCAGCAUGGCGAAGUAUGGGUGUGUUGGGACUUGUCGUCGAAUAAUCGUCGUGAGCUGGCCAUAAAGGCUGUCAAACGUAAUAACCCACGCGCUGAGAAGAUGAACAUGCUCCGCAGGCGAAACAUCCCUGCGUCCUCUCACACACCACUCACAGAAAAACUCGGAAGCCUUGAGCAUAAAAUACGGAAAGAAAUAGCGAUAAUGAAAAAAUGUCGUCAUGGGCAUGUAGUUCGCUUGUUGGAAGUUAUCGACGACAAGCUGAAUGAUCGGAUAUACAUGGUCAUGGAGUAUCUAAGCGGCGGAGAAAUCAAAUGGCGCAACGAGCAGAAUGAGCCUGUGCUGCAGGUGGACCAAUGUCGACGAAUUUGCCGUGAUGUUAUCCUUGGCCUCGAAUAUCUUCAUUACCAGGGAAUUAUUCACCGUGACAUAAAGCCCGCUAACCUUCUCUGGACUGCGGAUCGCCAAAUGGUCAAGAUCAGCGAUUUUGGGGUCUCGCAUUUCUCAUAUGCGCAGCGCCUUGCGGCUGCAGGGCGUGGAAAUGCUCUAGAUGACGCUAACGACCCAAUUUUGCUGGAUGAUUCGGACCUUUCCAAGCGCGCUGGAACCCCGCCGUUUCUUGCCCCUGAAGUCAUCGCUGAGUAUAAUGGCGAUCCUUCACCAUCCAUAUCAGCUUCUGCUACCUCAACCACGCUGCCGUCCUUGAGGUCCGCACCACAUAUAGGUUCCUCUUCUACUGUCCGCCCGAACACAUCCCAGCGACUGCAGAUCACGAAGGCCAUUGAUGUGUGGGCUCUUGGUGUCACACUGUACUGCCUUCUUUUCGGUAAAAUUCCAUUCAGACCCCCAGAUUCGAGCGAAUACAUGCUCUACAAUAUCAUAUGCAAAAAUGACUGGGAGCCAGAAGACACCAUGGGUUAUGAUCGUCUUCCAACUGGCGGGCGGAAACCUAAGGAUAAAAAGUCUGAGGGAUUUGUUGUCAUGAAUCUUCUCGACAAGCUGCUCGAAAAAGAUCCCAACAAACGCAUGACUCUCGAUCAAGCAAAGGUUCGUCAAUUUUCAUUCUGCGCGUAUUUGCCCCCAUAUCUCCCAUUUUACGUGUAGCGGUACGUGUGGUUCC